GAAAUAGCGCACGAACGGCCCACUCCUCCGGACGCAGGAGACGUCGGCUGUGCCGCGAGCUUUUCGCCGCGAGUCGCAGUCUUCUCGCCGUAUAUCUCUCGCACGCAACACGAACACAUACACACGCGUAUUCUCUCACGUCGUCUCGAAAGAAAGUAAGCAACUCGACAGUUCCUCCCUCGAGUUUAAGCAAGGGAGCACGAUAAAGAGUUGUGUGGAAGGUGCGAGACGAGGAGAUCAGUUCCAGCCAAGGCCAUGACGCGGAAAAAAUGCUCCGGGGAUCGGUGUGGUUGAUGGGCCGCAAGUCAGGCCUCCGCACCACGUUAGCUCUUAGAGGAUGCACAAGCUAGCCAAGGGCCUGAAGAAGAAGAAAAAGGGCAAGAAAGGCAAGAAAGGCGAGGACGACGAGGAGUUCGAUCCUGAGGAGCUCGAGCGUUACAGGCGCGAGCGGGCAGAGGCCCAGCAGAAGCUAGCGGAAGCAGCGAGCAGCGGCGAGGCCAGCGCAGCCGCUGGAGGCAACGACGAGUGGAAAAAGUUCCAGGCGCUAACCUCGGGCGUCGACUCGAUCCUCAAGAAAACCCAGGACGAUCUCGACCGCAUCAAGUCGACCUCGUUCUUCCAGCGCAAGGCCCCCGAGCCCGAGCCCGACCCAGAGGACGAUCCCGAGGUCCAGGCCAAGAAGCAGGAGCUCGCCAAGAAGUACGUGGGCUUCGACAAGGACGGCAAUCCUAUCGAGCUCAAGGAGGAGCCCGAGGACAAUAAGGUCAAAGCCUUACCGGUCACAGAGGACGGCAUCGUCGAGCUUCCCGACGACGACGACAACGAGCAUGAGGACUCGGCCGACGAGGACAUCUUCGAUACGACCUACGUCGAUGCGCUUCAGAACAUCGAGGUAGAGCUCGCCUACAUUCCCGACAGCCCGACUCAGGAGGAACUUGGCGACGAUCCUUUCGACACCUCCAACGCCGACAAGGUUCUCAAGGUCGUCGACAAGACCGGCAAGAAGCUCGUCAGCUUGGGCAAUGCCGUCGAGGUACUCUCCGGCAGAGUUGACCACGUGAGCACCUGCAAGAUCGGCAGAAAUCGGCCCAGGCCGAAGAAUCAGGAUCUUCUCGGUGACUUCGACUCCGAGGAGCCGAUCGUUACGGUAGACAAUCCCGACGCCGACGCCGAACCAGUCGAGGUCGAGAAGACUCUGCUCGACGACGACAGCGAUCUUCCCGACAUACCGAUCGACCUUACCAAACUCCCGCCGAUUCUGACCAGACCGGUUACUCCGGCGACCAACGGCGACAAUCAGACCGAGGAGAACAAGCCUCUUGACAUCUCCGAGUUCGAGCUAGAGCCGAAGACUCUGCUGGAUGAGAUACCGGUUCUAGACGACGAGGAGUUCGACCUUGACGGACCGGUUGAACCGGUCGUUUUAGAGGAAGCCGACGACCCGUUCGCCGAGAAGGAGCCGGAGAAGCUCGACUUCCAGGAGGAGAUAAUCGAGGCAAGCUUCGAGGCGGCCACCUUCGUCAACGAGGACGACCCCUUCGACACUACUAUCGCCGACAACCUUGUGCCCGGCAAGACCGAGCUCAAGUUCAUCGAGAAGGAGCUAGAGGAUUUCCCUAUAUCCGAGGUCUCGAUUUCGCUCACCGAUCCCUGCGGACUCCACCGCGACUAUGAGACUGGACUCCUAAAAGCCAAAGCCCAGGCUGCUCUCAGUGUUGCGAAGAAAGAUCUUCUAGGGGGAUCCAAUACCGAUCUCAGCCAGUUAGCCGAUCAGCCCAUCAAGCCGGUCGAGGAGAUCUCCUACGUCGAUCCGUUCGACACCUCGACUAUUCAAGAGCUGCCACCCGGUAAGACAGAGUUGAAAUUUUUGGAGAAGGAGCUUCUUGGCGAGGUCAAGAAAUCGGCACUCGACGACUUAGACGACGACGACUUUGACCCCAGAGCAGAGGAGGCACCGGCACCGGAGAAGAAGAAACCACCUCCGCCGAGACCACCAUCCAUAUCCAGAGGAUCUACACCAACGCCUGAAGUUCAGUUCCAGGUGAAGGAAGAGGAUUUCGAGUUUCAAGCACAGGCCGUAACCAAGGGCAGGAAACCCUCGAGACCUGAGGCGCUCGACAUUUUACCCAAGACCGUAGCCUUCGAGUUACCCACUCCGUCGAAGAAACCGGAUCUUCUAGCUUCCAGCGAAGAGGAAAAGUCUCUACCAGGCAAACCUCUGACGCCGUACUAUCCGCAGAAGUCCCUGGAUGAGGUUCUUCCUCCAGAGCAGGAACUAGACGAAACCGAGGUUGACCCCUUCGACACCAGCUUCGUACCUAGCACCGCGCCCGGUAAGACAGAGCUCAAGCUCAUCGAAUCCGAGCUUCUCCAGGAGGAUCCAGUCGCCACGGGUCUCACCCACAGCUUGAGCGACCACGACUUCGAUCCCAGAUCCGGACAGCCAGCUCAACCGCAGAACCGACGUCAGAGCGAUUUUGGAACAGUCACCGGUAGAUCGAACGUCGUCAAGAGUUCCGACGUCAUCGAGUCUCUGAUCAACAAGAGGAAGGCUCUCGACAAGCGACAGGACAGCAUCCUAGACACCGACGUCGAGGUGCCUGUCGAGCCUUUGGCGCCCAACGUCAAGCCUAGUACCAUCGAAGAGGAAGUCGAGCUCUCGUACAAGGACCCCUUCGACACCUCUCACGCCACAGACAUCCUACCGGGUAAAGCCGAGCUCAAGCUUUUGGAAAACGAGCUCAGCCAGGUACCCGAGCCUGGUCCCAUCAAGCUCCAUCCGGUCAUUGAGCAGGUGAUCAAGAAGUCCAUCGUUGAAGAGGAUCCAGACUUUGACCCUCGUGCAGAGGAGGCCAAGGACAAGGAUAUCCUCUGCCUGGACACCCAGGAGGUGCCCAGCGGCAAGAUCUUGACCCCGCUUCAGGACAGUGACUUUGCUGCCGAGGACAUUGAUCCGUUCGACACCAGCUUCGCCAGUGUGGACCCCACCAAAACCGAGCUGAAGCUGCUCGAGUCCGAGCUGAUCAACAAGUAAAUCAAACGUUCGGUUAAAUCAGUAGGAAGAAAGAUACCCAACCAUGGAUUCCAAGGGUGGAAAUCCGUUCCUCAUGGACGACUACCCGGCCCCGGACGCCUCGAUGGCGCAGGCAUCCAACCCCUUCCUGCAGGAUUUCAGCGCUCCGGCCGAGGAGGCGACGGCUGGUGCCGACGUCAACCCGUUCUUCAACUUUGUGACCGACCAGACGUACCAGCCACCGACGGACUCGACCAACCCCUUCGCCUCCUUCGGAAUGGAGGCAGCGGCAGUGGUACCAGAGCCCGAGCCCACAUCCUUCGUGAGCCCCGAGGCGGCGGCGGUGCCCCAGGCUCCGGAACCAGUGACGACGGUAGACCUCUUCGGCGACGAACCGGUCCAGCCAGCAGCAGCAACACCGGUGCAGUUGAGCAGUCCGCCUCAGGCGACCCCGGUGACGUCGCCCCCGAGCAAACCGUCGCGUCCACCGCCACCACCUCGACCGGGUCCACCGCCGCCGCCCAGGAACACCAAGGACCUGAUCCUCUCGGUCACCGGGGCCAUGGACGAGACCUCGAACCAGAUGCUGGACCGGCUGCAAGCUACAAGGACGCCCAGUCCAACGCUGAUGCACUCGCCCUCGCCGACGCCGGAGCACAGCUUCGCCGACCUCCUCGACGUCGAUGGCAGCGUGCCAGACCUCAUCCACGACGCCGCGAAGGUUGCUGAUGAUCAACCGGACGCGGCGGGCAACAACACGCAGGACAUGCUCGGUCUGUUCGACGCGCCGCCGGCCCAGGCGCCGGCUCAGGUCCAGGAGGCCGGGGUCGGCGUCACGCCGACGGCGACGGAUGCGACCCUGUUCAGCCCGCCCGCCGCGACGUCGACGUUGUCGGAUAACCCGUUCUCCGAUGUCGGAGCGCAGGAUGCGGGGCAAAUGUUCGAGCCCAGUCUCGUCCAGGAGAAGAGGCCCUCGUUGACCACCAGGUCGCCACCUGCCGCCCAACCCGCAGCGGAAAUUACCACAUCGAGGGCAGCGGAGUUCGCCACUCCAGUGCCGGAGCCGCAGCCGGAAGCCCACACGCCGGCGGGUAUUUUCGGCGCCGUGACACCAUCGGUAGACGCCUCGAGCUUCUAUUCCAUGCCGCAGACGACGAUGACGUCCACCACAGCUAUCGCCGCUGCUCCCACGGGAGGCGUUGGCAGUGCUUUCGCGGAUCUCCUGGGAGACUUCGGCGGUGGCGCCCAAACGGCGCAAGACACCACCGACUACAUGUCGGCUAGCCCGGCUUCCACUACCGAGUUUCCAUCGGCUGGUUACAGAGCUGACGACAGCUUUGCCGCGACGACGAAAGCGAUCGAGGAAACAGGCGAUGCUUUCGACGCGUUCGCUUCCAAGUUCGACAAGGCCGCGGAGCCCGAAGCAAACACCGGCGAUCCGUUCUUCGAUCCGUUUACCGGUGGCGCCGCUCCCGCGCACACUGCCAUGGACACCAGCAGCGAUGUAUGGGGUGAUUCUUCGGGUGCAGUAAGCACAGAACCGGUGACCGGUUUUGGGGAGGAGGCCGAUGGUUUCGACUCCUUCCUGAGCAUGACUGCACCGCCACCAGAAGUCACGGCGAGAAGGCGAGACUCUGCCGAUUCGGAUGAAGGUCCAGACUUCAGUGUGUUCAUCAAGCCAAAAGACGGCGACGCAACAGGGGUCAUGGAAGGAGGACCGGUUCCAGUUCUGGCGCCACCACCCAAGAGCCCAAUGAACACUGCGUACGCGGACACCUCGCCGCGCUUCAACCCCUUUGACAAAUCCGGCGGCUUUGCCCAGGAAGCCGUCCUUCCAACCGAAGCUGCCCUACCUUCCGAAAUGACCAGGACCGAUUCUCAGGAAACACCACCAACACCACUGUUCGACGAAGACGUCAGUCAACCCCUCGAGGACUUUCCCCGCGUCACCUACACCGGCGACGGCUGGGAGAUGCAGCUUCGCCAGCCGAUCAAGAAGAAGAUCACGGGUCAACGUUUCUGGAAGAAGAUCUUCGCCAAGCUCGUCUACCAGGGUGACAAUCCAGUGCUGCAGCUGUACAACAGCAAGGGCGACAAAGAUCCCUUCCAAGAAUUGCCGUUGCUGGCUUGCUACUCGGUCUCGGAUAUCGCGGCCCAGCAGUUUGACCAGUACGGCAAAAUAUUCACCGUCAAGCUGCAGUACAUAUUGUACAAGGAGCGACCUGGUGUCAGACCUGGUCAGGUUACCAAGGCCGAGAGAAUUACGAACAAACUCAGUCAGUUCGCUGCCUACGCCAUUCAGGGUGAUUAUCAGGGUGUCAAGGAGUUUGGAAGUGAUCUGAAGAAGUUGGGGCUGCCGGUUGAACACGCGCCACAGAUCUCGCAGCUGUUCAAGCUCGGCUCACAAAACUACGAGGACAUGAAGACGUUCUCGGUGGCCAUCGAAGAGGCUCUUUUCAGGCUUCAGGUCCACAGGGACAGAGCUUUGCAGUACAAGAUGGAGGAGGUGCAGAUCAACGUCGUGGACGAGCUUUACGUCGAACAGGCCGCCGACGGACACGUCGACAAGCAGAUUGCGCGCGUUCGUCUGUUCUUCCUUGGUUUUCUUUCUGGUAUGCCCGACGUGGAGUUGGGAAUCAAUGACAUCUGGAGACAGGGCAAAGAGGUCGUCGGCAGGCACGACAUUAUCCCAGUGGCCACGGAGGAGUGGAUCCGACUCGAGAACGUCGAGUUUCACGCCUGUGUCCAGCAGGACGAGUAUGAAAAAUCCAGAAUCAUCAAGUUCAAACCACCGGACGCAUGUUACAUCGAAUUGAUGAGGUUCCGCGUGAGGCCGCCACGGAAUCGCGAGUUGCCACUGCAACUCAAAGCCGUCAUGUGCGUUACUGGCAAUAAGGUCGAGCUUCGGGCCGACAUUCUGGUACCAGGUUUUGCGUCCCGGAAGCUAGGUCGCGUUCCCUGCGAGGACGUGAUGGUCCGCUUCCCGAUUCCCGAGUGCUGGAUCUACCUGUUCCGCGUGGAGAAGCACUUCAGGUAUGGCUCGGUCAAGUCCGCCCACAGACGCACCGGAAAGAUCAAGGGCAUCGAGAGGUUCCUCGGCGCCGUCGACACACUCGAGCCUCAGCUCAUGGAGGUCACCUCUGGACAGGCCAAGUAUGAGCAUCAACAUCACGCUAUUGUCUGGAGGAUGCCGCGUCUGCCCAAGGAAGGACAAGGCGCUUACACGACGCACCAGCUGGUCUGCCGCAUGAACCUGACGUCGUACGACCAGAUUCCGGAGAAGCUGUCCGAGUAUGCCUACGUAGAGUUCACGAUGCCGGCUACCCAGGUGUCCCACACGACGGCACGUAGUGUCAGCUUCCAGAACUUUGACAGCGACGCGCCGCCGGAGAAGUACGUCAGGAAUCUGUCGCGUCACGAGUACAGGGUCGGUAUCGAGCACACACAGGGCGAAGGUCCAGGCGCCUACAUCACAGCCACCUCGACGUCGCUGAGUACACCAAAGAAGACGAUUCCAGAGUCGAGCGGCGAGUCUCACGACGAGAGCACCGAUCACGCAGCCUCCGAUUCCGACUCGUCCGAUUAAGUCGCAUAACGUGCGUACAGCAUCUCUCCAUCAGCGUCGAAAAAUCAACCCGCUGAAAUCUUUUGAAAAUUUAUUAUAAUCAUCGCUGGUAAACAUAGAUCCGCGUACACGUGUAUUCGAGAGAGCCGCGACUAAUUCGAUAUAGAGACUUGGAGGUCGUAGUGUGCGUCUUAAGAGCCUCGACGGCUAUAUGACCUCCGUUUUCCAUUGUACGCUAAAUUCGCAAUUUUCAUGCCUCGAGUGCUCGGCUCAUAAAAGACGCGGGAUUUUUCCGGCCGUCUCUUCUUCGCGCUUAUUAUAGCAACGGCUCAUAUCGUGUGUACUCUUUAUUAGCGCAUAUUGUUUGCCGUACAUCCGACGCUUGAUUACGAAAGAUGAGAUGGCUCGAGGAUGUUUUAUUGUAAAUUGAAUUUUUACUCUCUCCGGCAGGUUGAUUUUUCACGCCGGACACACGAUUGCGAAUCCAAAAGUUGUGAAGCUGAUGAAGAAGACGUCGAUGAUGAUGAUGACUUUGAGGAGAAACUUGCACGCUGUUAUGUUGUGUUGUGUAGUGUUACGUAAUAAGUAUAUCGUUGACGCAUAGGGCAUAUAUUAUAGCGGAGCAUUAUAUUAUAUAUCGUGUUAUACUUCGAUUUUGAUGGCGAUGAAGUUCCAUUUUUGCGUAACCGUAGAAUAUUCUACCUAUAUACAUAGUUGACUUCGCGAGUCCGAGUUGUUCGUUCGCUCGUUUUUGUGUAAUUAACGGUAAUAUAUACGAUUGAUGAGGUACAUACAACUUGAUCGCUGACGAUGUUUUCGUUGCUUUAUAAUCGUGAUUUAUUUGCUCUGAUAGUAUAGCUACCUUUGUUUCCAUAGUCGCAAUCCCCUGUAUAACUUAUACCUGUACAAUUUUGUUGUUGAGCAAAACCAGAAUAGAGCUGUGAAAUGACAACGAGAAACACGUAUCCCUACUAAAUCUUCGCUUGAACAUUCGGUUGACGUAGCGCAUUUUGUUUGUCGAUGUUGCAACAUGUAUAGCAGAUUAAAGUCGUAUAGAUAAACGAGAAGAGAGAGAGAGAGAGAGAGAGAGAGAGAGAGAGAGAGAGAGAAAGUUACGUAUCGAAAGGGAACAAGAAAAUGUAAAAAAACCGCGCAUAAACUGUACGUGCCUCGUUGAUUCGAUGAAGCAAGGACAAUACUGAUUUUUCCUUUCCGUUUUUUCGUCGCUUGGACACACACACUUACACAUACAUAUAUAUUUAUCGUGUGAAAUAUAUACAAAAAUGUAACGAUGAAAACCGAAAGAGAGUAUUAUAGCUUCACGCGUUCGUUCUGCAAUUGUUCGCCCGCUAUGUCGAAGCCUUGUUUCACCGUUGACGAAGAUUGUUGAAGACUGCCUCGAUUUUUUAAAAGUUCAAAUUCCAUAUUUGUAGGACGUAUAUUAUUAUUUACUAAUAUUCUUCAGUGGCAAAUUUUCUUUCGCGAAAUGCUGUCGAAUUGAGUAUGCAGUCAUCCUAGCGCUUGAGUGUCAUAUAGAGUUCCUUUCUAUUAUGCAUAUGUAGUUGACAAAGACAAACGACCAUUUUUUUCCUAUAAUCUGCGUAUGUAACAAGAUAGAGAUCCAACACUUGCCUUCGACGUUUAUUCCGACAAUGUGUAUAAGAGAAAAAAAUAUCAAGUCUACAUUGUAGCCUCGUUGUUGUUGUUGAAGUCUCACGCUUGUCCACAUUAUAUAUCAUAUAUAUAUAUAUGAUAUGUAAACACUUUAUUGAGAAGACGUGCUAAGAUUGUAAGCUAUAAAAGUUGGCCAAUAUUGUGGUUGUCGUGCUUCUUGCGCCUCGAAAGUGCACGCGUGCGAGUGAAAAAAUUCAAUUCCACCAAAUCUAGUAUUUAUUUAUUUAUAUUUUGAUUAUUUUUAGUUUAUUUGUAGCAUAUAACGACUUCGUUUGAGUGGAAGUGUGUAACGUGCGCGCGUUUCGUUUAUUUUGCGGUGCCUAGGUGUGGACUGUUUCGGUUGAUGCGUGCGAAAAUGCGUUUAACUCUAAGAUGAAUUCAGGGAAUCAUAACUUAAAGUAUUACUUAGCUUGAAGCCAGUAGAGUAUUGAAUAGUUACGAGUAAUAAAAGGAAGAAAGAGCCUAAAUAAUACCUUGUUGAAACUUUAAGCAAUAUUUUCGUAUUAUUAUCGAACACACACACGCUUCUGAUAAAUUGAAUUGAAUUCAGAGAAAGUUUAUUUAAGCUCUUUCCAUUCGAUGCAAAGAUACGUUACUAUCGGUGAAUAUUCAAAAAAAGAACGAUAUCAAUCCUGAAUAAAUUUCACCGGUUAUUGAGUGUUUAUAAAGGAUCGCUGCAUCAGCAAAAACUAGUCAUAUAAGUCUUAUGAUUUGAAAAAUUAUAUUGUUUUAGGCAAAAGCGCAAAAGCUUCGCCCCAUUAUUAAACAUCGUCCGCCACUGGCGACGACAUGGCUAAACCAAAUAUUUGAUCGUAAGCUUAACUAGUAAGAAAAAUCGACGUGCUGACUUUACGAGUUCGCUCGAAAUCGGCUCGUCGCACCUCUAGAGUACUUAAACACAAAAUUUAAGCGAUUAUAUAAGUAAGAAACGAACGGAAAACGCUUCUAACCCACAUAUCUCGACGAUAUAUUAUACACACAUCCAGAGCAUUCGAAUAUAAAUCGGAACAAGUUCAGCAUAUAAUAGGCGUAUGUUAGAGUUAAGGACACAUAGACUUGUAAGUUUCAGUUCGACAAAGUUCUACGUUUCGUUCGACAUUUUUCUCGUUCCUGAAUAAGGAUCCAAAGAGUGACCUCUAGUCCCACUAAUAGCUUGUAAGAAUGAACGAUCUUCACUGAUCUUCACUAUCGUGUGAAUAAAAGUCAUAGUCCUUAAGGUAUUAGGCAUUAAAGAUAGUUAAGUCGUUAUUUGUCAGUGUGUACCUACAUGGUACUUUAUCAUUUCCAUUAAUACCUAAAAGCCUGAGUUCGAUGCUUAAGACUACAUACAAAGGAUUUAGUUUUUUUAAGUCAUUAUACAAAAGUAUGGACGUUUUUUGUUUUUACUAUCACCUGGUGAUUUUCACAGUUAUUAUAGGAUAGAACGAUAUAGUUUAGUUAGGUUGACAUAAAAAUGAUUGUGAUAAAUUAGAUAAGCAUUAAAUAGAUAAGAAAAUAGUUUCACAAAUUUAAGUAUGAUAGGUAUAAAAAAUAAUGAUGUUGCAAUAAUUUGCAGAUAUCACAUUAGGAUUCUCAUUGUAUGCAUUUGUUCGUAAUCUUAAUGAGCAUAAGGAGAAUCUCCAGUGCAUAAAGUGGUCAUGCAUUUAAACGUACGAAAUAGGACUGCUUCGUAUUUGCAAUAAAAUGUUGUUCCAGAAGGUCGACUCUAUAUAGUUGGUUUAUUGAAAUAAAUAAGUAACUAGUCAGGAAAUCGAAGACUUAUCAGAUGAUAAUAUAGAACCGACAUUUUAUUGUAUCAGCGAAGCUUUUCCUCACUUCGAUAAGGAUUUUAUCAGCGUAAGGAAAACAAGUUGUGAGCGCGUUACACGUUAAGGAAAAAAAUACACAAAAAGUAUAAACCAGAGAGAAUGAUCGCCGCGUCUUUAGAGAUACGAGAAAAAUCUAGUCCUCCUCCGUCGUAAUUCCCCCCGGAUAAGUCCAUCGUACAACUCGUGUAUGUACAUAUUAUAUCUCCACACAUAAAUUCACGUAUAUCACUUGUAAACAUACCGUCACACGCAUCGUGCUUUGAUCCCGUGCUUGUAGCAGUCAAGUUUUUUUUUCUUCCAUUUUAUGCGCGCGCGCGCGCGUGAAAACACGAAAAUCGGGUCAGUCUACUAUAUACUGUAGCUUCGAGCUACACACAGAUCUUUUUUUUUCAUUUCGUGGCAUUGUAAGCCGAAAAAUUAUGAAAUGGAAGAAUAACAUUGCUCGGUUUACUUUUUCUUGGGGAAAAGUUUCGAAAUUCGAAAGUAUUUUAUAUUUUUAGGGAUAUUUAAGUUUCGGAAAUCGAUGUAAAGAACGUGUGCGUGUGUACAAUAAAUAAAAGCUUCUCCGACCAGAUGAUUUAAUUUAGGCGAUUAGCAAAAAGGCAACAACCCUUAACUAUUACCGGGAAAAGUAUUAUAUACAGGUUUUAACGUAUGUGCUAUAUAUCUAUAGUAAGAAGCGUGUUAAGGAAAAUUAAUGAUUUAAAGAAGAAUUAUCUAAUUAAACGAAGGUUUCGACGAAACUCGCGGCGAGAAACGCGAGUUUCCAGCUUGUGAUCUCAGUAUAUAACGUAUUCGUGCACCACGUGAUUGCCAGAACGAACAAACGAAAUAUAAAUGCAGACAAACACUAUAAACCACAAUUAAUAGCGAAAACAAAUUUGAAUGAUCAUUAUUUAAUUAUAAAGAAAAGUAUCGAUAAUAAUGACUAUAACAUACUAUAUGAUAUAUAGGUAAUAUAAAAUGACGCGCGUCAAGUGUAUGAGAAAAUAAUGAAGUCACUACCCGGUGAGAUUAUUAUACUGUACUAUGUCUAUACCUAAUUGUAGGUUCAGUCUGUAGGUUUACGAUAGGGCGUAUUAUACAUAUAUUAUACUAUAAUAAAAUACGAGAUUAUAUAAAUAGUGAGGAUUCGAGAGAAAAAUUCAAGUAUCAUGGAGCCAAUUCAAGCCGAAAGACCUGUUAAAGCACGCGAAAAUUUGUUUGAUCCACUUCAGAGUACACAAACUAUAGAUUUAAAUUCGAAACCUGAUGCCAUCAGGUUUCUCCGCGUGUAGAGACUAUAAUUGUAAAAAUUUUAGCGAAAGGUGGUAAUCUUUUGUGACCUUAUAAUAUCCGAAGACGCAAAUGCAAUUCCAUAUACGACAUAACAGCAAAGAAAGUUACGAGAGAACUGAUCACAUAUAACAAUGCUAUAAACUAUAAUACUAUAUAAAUAUAACAAAUGUUAAGAGACACCCAACGGUGGAGUUCUGUGAAACGUUACCGGUCAAAAGACAUAUUAUAAACGCAAAACGUAGCGAAGCACGACUACGAAAGCACUUGCAAGCAAAAACCCAUCAUGUAUACACGUACGCAUAAUAAUCCGUGUGAGAGCAAAAUAAAAAUUACGUAUUCGCGAGGGAGGAACCCAAGGAAUCACACCUGUAACGAUAAAUCGCACCUUGUACCGAUAUAAGCAAGGAAAAAAAGGCGAAUCAAGCAAACAAGCUUAUAUUAUAUGAAAUUAUACAUAAUAAUCACGAGUUGAGCUGAAAGAAUGCAAGUUAUAAAUAUAUUAACGCUUCGUGAUGUACCUUAACAAAAAAAAAA